AUGUCCCCUUCAUUCUUUGUGGUUCUGGUGGCACUCCCGAAUCUGGUGCUGCUGGCCAGAGGACAGAAGACAGAGCCCUUGGGUGGCCUCGCUGACCAACCACUUUUCCGCGGAGCCGAUCGCUAUGAUUUUGCCAUCAUGAUCCCACCAGGAGGAACAGAAUGCUUCUGGCAGUUUUCCCACCAAAGUGGAUACUUUUACUUCAGUUAUGAGGUUCAGCGGGCAAUGGGAAUUUCACAUGAUCGUCAUAUUCUUGCCACUGCAUACACUCCAAAAGGUUUCCUCAUUGAUAAAUCCCAGGAUAUCCGAGGCCAGAUCAACUUUUCCACCCAAGAGACAGGUUUUUACCAGCUUUGUCUGAACAACGGACACCAUUUUGGCUCUGUCCAAGUGUAUCUCAAUUUCGGAGUCUUUUAUGAGGAGGCUGGCAUGGAGAAUAAUCAGAAGAAUGAAGAGAGACAAAAACUGAACGAUACUCUGGAUGCUAUUGAGGAGAGUACCAGAAAGGUCCAGAUGAAUAUUUUUCACAUGUGGAGAUACUACAAUUUUGCCCGCAUGAGGAAAGGGUCUGACUUUUUCCUUCUUCAAUCAAACUAUAACUAUGUAAACUGGUGGUCGACAGCCCAGAGUAUAGUUAUUGUUCUCUCUGGGAUCCUGCAACUGUAUUUCCUGAAGCGUCUCUUCAAUGCCCCCCAAAUGUCAGAUACAAAGAAGCCAAGGUGCUAA